AAUGUUUAUAGCCGUCAGUCCGUUCAAUUCGUUAGAGUCGACAAGUGCUUAAACGCUCCAAUAAAAGUGUUUAGUAUGUCCGAAUCGAGUUCUAAAUGUUGCGUGAGCGGGUGUAAAAGUAAAUCGAAAAAAGGAAAUUGCCUCACUUUCCAUAGAUUUCCCUUUAGAAUGGAAUCACGUCUUCGCAACGUAGUCACGAAGUGGAAAAAGGCAUUGAAAAUUGAAAAAGUAAGCGACAGCAUGAGGGUAUGCUCGCGACACUUCAAGAAAACAGACUUUCACACGUCACACGUUCCUGGGCAAGACCGACUCUUAAAAUCGUCAGCCGUUCCAUCGAGAAAUUUAUCAAAAGCCCGGGUCAAUAAGACUUCGGAUAAGAUUUCGAAUGAGAUUUCGGAUGAGAUUUCGAAUGAAAAUUCGGACAAGGAUCCGGAUUACGAUAAAUUUGAUGAAAGAUUCAACAGGUCGCGUCUUGCUCGGUUUGAAGGAAGGGCAGCGAGAGAAAGAUUCACGAAGAAUAGGAUAAAGAGAAGUCAGAGAUUGGCGGAAAAACUCGAGAAGGAAAGCCAAGCAUGUAACACGAGAGAAAGGGAAAGGAGGAAAAGUCAAAUGGUGUUUCUAAAAUUUGGGGAAGAAAGCCAAGCAGGGGCGAAUCAGAGAAUAGCUCAUGAAAGCGAGGAAGAAACCCAUCUUGAACCAAAUCAGAGCAUAGCUCACGAAAGCGAGGAUGAAAACCGUAUUGAGCCAAAUCAGAGCGUAGCUCAUGAAAGCGAGGAAGAAAAUCGUAUUGAGCCACAUCAGAGCAUAGCUCAUGAAAGUGUGGAAGAAAACCGUAUUGAGCCGAAUCAAAACAUAGUCGAUGAGAAGAAGAAAAAAGGAAAAAAGAAGGAGCCUCGGAAAAUAGUUCAUGAAAUAAAAGGUAACAAAAACAAGAAGGCAAAAGUGAAAACCGCUUGCAGAGAAAACCGUAUGGAGUCAAAUCAGAGCAUGGCUCAUGAAAGGGAAGAAGAUAUCAUUCGGUUCAGGUGUAACUCGUGCCUCAAGGGAUUUGAGGAACAAAUUGAAUUUCACGAGCACAUAAGAGAAAAACACCAAAAUGUGGUCGAGCGUUACGAAUGUAAAUCGUGCAAUAUUUCAUUCAGGCACGAAAAAUAUAUAAUGAGGCACAAUAUAAUAUAUAAAUGUAUAGGCAAACGAGUCUAAGUUUCAAGCUCAAGUUUACAAAUGAUAAUUUUAUAAAUUAUGCGCAUCACAAAAAGACGAAUUGUUGUUGUUGACAAAUUUUACCGAAAAAAAAAAUUGAGCGAUACCAUUUUAUCUAAAUGUAAAUAUGGUACGUCGAUGACUCAUCGAAUCUUUCGAUUCAAUCUAUUUAAUCAUAAACAAGUUUGUAGAAUUUUCGUAAAAUUAUAGCGAGUUGUAUACACGAAAAAAUGUAUAUAUGCAUAAAUAUGAGUUGAAAAUUCAUAAUAAUUUUGUUUGUAAACUGAACUAAUAAAAACUCAUACGUAAUUGGCUA